AUGGUUAACUCCCUAGACAACGACGCUCUUGAGUUAGCACUGGGAAGACUCGACCUUGAGCCAAGUGACACCGCAGAGAUUAGGAAAUGGUUGAACUCUCCUGCUCUCGGUUCCUGCUUCUCCUCGUACGACUUCGUGUACGACCCCAUCGACAAUGAUAGGCUGGACAACAUCCUGAGCAAGCUCCUUGAACUGGACGCAGUUCCGCCUGCUGAGGCCCGAAACUUCGUCUCACUUUGGGCGGGGGCCAUAGUUACAAUGUCCCCCCCGCUCGAGGACGACGAGGAAGAGGACCCAGUAGACUAUGCUCGCAACAUCUUCUCGGAAAUCUUCCAUGGCGGCCUUGUCCAUGGGGAGCGGCUCCCGGUUACCUUGUGGCUAGCUACGGUCCUCGCCACCGCAUCAACCAAGAGGCGAUUCAGGCUGGCCCGAAGCACCAGGCUGGGUAAUGAGCGACUACAAGGCGAGGCGUUAGUGGGAGCCCUUCUCCAGAAGGGGGAGCUGGUUGUGAAGGUAGACGCCACUGGUCAAACUCAGGAAACCUUCAUGACACCGCACAGUGCUGAAGGGACUGAGAACAGUGUGCAGGUGAGAACCACAUUAGCAACCCCUUCCCGCAUCACAGAGAAGCACCGAGAGACCCCCCGAAUAAGUCCAGUCAAUGUCUUCAAACUACCCCUUGAGCAUGCUUCCUUCGAGGGCCCGACUGAUGCGGUGCCCUACGCAGUCUUCAAGGGAAAUUUGGAGACGGCAAUUCGGUUCUAUCGCAUUGAGCAUGAUCGUGACGCCGUCUUGUACAUUUUCCGUCACCUCGGCCCCAGCUUGAGGUCGGAGGUAGUGCUUAGCCUCAAGGAGGGCGACCUUUCCCCCAACUCCGUAUGGCUUUACCUCGAUGCUCGUUACGCUAGCACGGAUACACCUAGCAAGGCGGGCCAGAGGUGGGAGAGCCUGAGACAGAGAGCCGGUGAACGGGUUGCUGACUAUUACUCCCGGGUGAAAGCGGAGUGGCUCCUCUUCGGACGGGUGGUCGGGACACAGUUGCCGUUAACCAUCGUGUGCGCCAAGUUCAUCAACGGCCUGCAGCCUCACAUCAAACUGCCUCUUGAAACCAGCUGCGGGCAUCAGUUGGUGAAGAUGACGCUCGAGGAAGCGCGAGAUGCAUGCCUGUACCACGAGGCGCGACUCUUACAGUCGGCGGGACACCCGGAGGUGGCGAAUAAGAAGACACCUGCACAGGCACCCAACUACGAUGGGGGCCAGAACAGGCGUCGGCCUACUGAAACUGAAGGUGAGAUCGCGGGCAACACUGUUGCGGCUACCAGAGGUGCAGAAGCGGGAAGAGCGUCUGCGAAGCCACGUUGCGAUUACUGCUCGACGAUGAAGCUGAGGGGUGCUGAGAAGCAUGAUGAUGCAAGCUGUUGGAAGAACCCAGCUAAUGCUCACCUUGUGCCGGAGUGGUACCGUCAGCGACGGGCCAUUAAGGUCACCGGCCAAGGCGAGAAGCCCCUGAAGGAGCAAGCGGCUGGGGGACCGAGGGCUUCUCCAACCGAGGCGGCCUUCAUGGUCACGGCCGCCAACAGCACCACAU